CGGAUCCAUCUCUGCAUCGCCUGCCGCAACGUGCAGAAGAGUGAAACCACGCGGGACCUCCUCCUGGCCACCCACCCUGCCGCCCAGGUCUCCACCGUGGAGGUGGACCUGGGUAACCUGGCUUCCGUCCUGCGUGUUGCCCGCGAGCUCCGCUGCAGGUUUCAGCGCCUGGACUUUGUCUACCUCAAUGCUGGGAUCAUGCCCAACCCACACGUGAACUUAACGGCACUCUGGCAUGGUCUCCUCAGCGGGAGGCUGCUUCACAUGCUGACCACUGCAGAAGGCAUAAUGACCCAGACAGACAGGCUGAAUGGUGAUGGACUUCAGGAGGUGUUUGCUACCAACCUCUUCGGACACUUCAUCCUGGUUCGUCAACUUCAGUCUCUGCUCUGUGGUAAUGAGAAGCCCUCACGACUCAUCUGGACCUCCUCCAGCAAUGCCAGGGAAUCUGCCUUCAGUCUCUCUGACUAUCAGCAUGCCAAGGGACAGGAAUCAUACAGUUCUUCCAAAUAUGCUACUGACCUGACAAGUGUGGUUCUGAACAGGAAAUUUAAUGAGCAGGGUCUAUAUUCCAGUGUUGUUUGUCCUGGUCUUGUUAUGUCUAACAUGACCUACAGAAUUUUGCCAGUUUUUCUGUGGAAGCUGCUAAUGCCCAUCAUGUGGUUGAUCCGAUUUUUCGCCAAGACUUACACUCUGACUCCGUAUAAUGGGGCACAAGCUCAUGUAUGGCUGUUCAAACAGAAGCCAGAGUACUUGGAUUCACUUGUCAAAUACCAUAGCUGUACUUCUGGACUGGGGAAAUGCUAUGUGGAGCCUAGAAAGAUGGAUGUGGAUGAAGAAACUGCAGAGAAAUUUUACCAAAAGCUGUUGGAACUGGAGGAGCAAACUCUAGAGAAAUACAGUGAUCUCUUAGAUUAAGCAAAGCCAGUCUCAGUGGGGUAAGAGAUUUGUAUUGGUAACAUGGGCCUUCUUCACUCUGGUGCUAUUUGUGUUGCCUGCUGUUCUGCAGGCACAUGGCUUCAGACUCAAUCUUCCUUCUCGACAGAAGGUGAACAGUUCCUGAAAAUGGAAAUGUGAAAACUGAAGAGAAAUACUUAGACUUUGUGGUAUGGGAUAUUUAUUUUUUUUGCAUAAGACUGGAGACCUAGAGUAUGUGGAGUCUGUCUUAACACAGUUGCAAAACAGUGUCUUGCAAAAGCAUGACUGAAGUGUGCACGGUUCAGAAACAGCCUCAAAGACCUGUGGUUUAAAUCUGGCAGUAAAGACAGCAGUCUGGGGUGCUGCCCUGUGUCUUGGCUCUGCUGGUGUCUGUAGGUGGCUCAAACACACAUUACCUGUGGCUGAUCCUGAAGUACUUGAAGGCUCACCUUCAGAAGAGCUGCUCCUACACCUGUUCACCAAAGCUGGGGCUGACUUUACAGACCUGCUUAACAAGAUUGAACCUUAC